AUGAGGCCCUAUCAGGUAUUGAUCUCCCAAGCACUCAGCGAAGCGAACCCCGAGUACACUCUCGCCGCACUGAGUGGCACUACGCUCGCUCACGGUGGUGUAACUUCCUAUCUGAUUGACGGGAAAAACUAUACAGGCUACGUGUGGUCCGACCCGUAUGAAGGCCAACACGACCUGAUCCAGCGCUCAUGGCACAUGAACCCCCUGAGCGAUCCCGCCUCCACAAAUAUAACCUGCAACAACAAAGGAAUCACAGUACCCGGCACCUUCCACGCCUCUGUAACAGCCGGAAGCUCGAUCCGAAGCACUUGGGUAACACCCGACGGCUUCGGCUGGCCCCACACGCUUGGCCCCGUCGUCGCAUACAUGGCCUCCUGCGGCGAGGACUGCACGACCAUCACCGACACUAGUACCCUCAAAUGGUUCAAGAUUGCGGAAGAGGGGCUGCGCGACGGGUACGCCAUUGGCGAGGAAGACGGCUGGUUCCAGAACGAUCUUUGGGAGAAUAGGAGGACGGAGUACUGGAACGUGACUGUGCCGAAGGAUUUGAAGCCAGGCAGGUAUAUGAUCAGGCAUGAGAUUAUCAUGCUGGAAUUGAACCCAGUUCAGUUCUACCCGGACUGUGCGCAUUUAGAGGUCGCAGGUGAGGGGACGCUUGUGCCAAGUGAUGAGUAUCUGGUGCAGUUUCCGGGGGGCUAUAAGUUGACUGGUAAGUGGUUCAAGGGGACACGAAGUUGUUUGAUUGAUACUGACUGUGAUGCAGAUCCUGGCAUCGCUGUCUCUGGGAAGGUUCGAGGUGACCUGACGACAAAGGUGCGUACUUAUACCGGACUACUCCAUACUUUCGUGCCAUGA